AUGUCAUCGCGGAUGAAUCCGCCAAAGAAGUGCGACGGAGAAGUCCCUGCCUGCACAAACUGCGCAAAAGCCGGCGAAACUUGCCUCGAUGUCGACAGUCAGAACUCGGGUUUGCUGGUCCCUCGCAACUUCGCAAGUGCUGCCCGGGCAAGGAUUCAAUGGCUCGAAGACAUCAUCAAAUCGCGACUCCCCGAUGUUGACCUAUCUACCGGCCCGCAGAUCGAUGCGUUCCCGGACCCGAAGGGCUCGGCGGCCGUCGGCGGUGGUGGGGACCUUGAAGACGACAACGUCUCACCGCCGUCGCCUAGGUCCGGCCGGGCGGGCAGUCAGCCUACGGGCCGGACCGCAAGUCUGGGGUCCCAACGGCAGUCUCUGAAACGUUCCGCGGAGGCCGCGGGCUCCUACGAUCACGACGAGCAGUUCCCGGACCGCGCACACUCAGUUGCCAUGAACCUGGGGAUGCUGUCCCUCAACUCCGACUUAAGCCAAAAACACUAUCUGGGCUCAAGUUCCGGUGUCUUGUUCACGAACCUCAUUGGGGCGUCUCCUUCGAGCGCUGGCUCAACUCCGGCGGCGUUGUUAGAAGAUGUGCAAGCUCAAGGGCCUUCAUCGGAAUGGUACGACGCUUCAGUACCGACUGAUAUCUCGAAACAGUAUAAUCGCUCUCUACACAUUUUCUUGCGCCAGGAAUUACCAAGGAAAGAAGAUGCGAUCAAGCUGGUACACACUUAUGUCCGUUGGAUGCAUCCCGAUUAUCCAGUCCUAGAACCGACUUCUCUCCUAAGCGCGCUCGAUGCUCUGUACUCGACAUUUAGCUGUCCACUUGACGAUGACCCCUUCCCACAUGGCUGGCCUUCUACGAUGCAAGCGUUCCGGUGGAAUGGCAGACAGAGACUACCUGGCGACCAGGGCGUUCAUUCCGUUCCUAUGCCAGUUGUGGCUUUUAUACUCUUCAUGGUCUUCAACAUUGCGGCCAUUGUCAAGGUUAGGGGACGAGUAUGCGAAUUCCCACCAGAAAUAUUCUACCGCGCAGCUCUCCAUUUCUCCAAGGAUUGCUUUUCCCAAAUCUCUCUAUCUUCGAUCCAAGCGUUGGUUGUUCUCAUCGUACACAGCAUGCUCACACCAGCGGAAGUAAAUCUAUGGACUCUCAUCCAUAUUGCUCUUGCUCAUUGUGUAGAGCUGGGCAUACAUAGAGAGCCGUUAAACACAAUCGAGCCUGCAGACUUUGAGAAUCAACAGAUCAGGCGUCUGACAUUCUUUACGAUAUAUUCUCUCGAUAGAUCUGUAUCUUCCAUACAAGGGCGACCACUCGGCUAUCGCGACGAAACAUUCGAUAUCAAGUUGCCCGAGUCUCCUCCCGCACACCCCAAUUCAUCGAGCGGCACGAUCCCAUUAUCUUUCUCUGCAGCCGUUUUGCGGUUCGCGAGAUACCAAUUUGAGCUAGACCGCAUGGUCUCCGACGUCAAACUGCAAUUAUACCAUCUUCCAUGCGAUUCUGCAUGGUUUCCUCCACCGCAAAAUCCGCCAGCUCAACAAGCGAGAAUAAAAGAAGAGCUCGUAGACUGGUGGGAUCGGGUUUCUAGCGAGACGUUCGACUUUCCAGGAAUCGACAACAGACAACGGCGGAUGUGGCAGAUCAAGUUGAAGGUUAAGUACCACACGACUAUGGUCAUGCUAUUCCAACCUUCGCAGGCGAUUCGCAAUCCCUCUCCAGAGUCAUUGCAGGUCUGCUUCAACAACGCUGCAUCCAUACUGCACGAUUAUCAGGCUCUGCACGACAUGCAAGGUUUACAUCAUGGAUGGCGCACGGUACAGAACAUUUUUGCAGCUGGAGCGACCCUCAUAUACUCGUUCUGGACGUGUUCUACGGUUCGUCAAAACGCUUCAACGGCGGACUUAUCGAAGAGCCUUCGCACAUGCUCGAGCCUGCUUACUGUCGGCGGCGAGUGGUGGCCAUCCGUCAAAAAGGGACAACGAAGUUUCGGCGCAAUUGUUGACCUCACUAUCCGCAAGCUCUACACCGGAAAUAUGCCCUCAAAGAACCCUCGGCUGUACAUGCCACUUGGUGCAGACCGGCUCGAGGAUGGCCAAAACGCCCUGGACGACGCGGACGGAGGGCAUUCCGUCUAUGACGCAACAGCCCAGCAGGCAGACCUCGCCCACAUCCCGCUCAACGGAGCCGACGCUGCUUGGCACCAGAUGCCGGGCUCGUCCGCUGUGGCCAUGGCGCACUCACAAGAUGAAGUGCACUGGCAAGGCGUCUACCCCGAACCACCCUUCCAUGCGGGAUCCAACGACUACGUUCCGGAAAUCGAGACUUUCCUGGCCGACUUCGACAAGUCGGAAUUCAGCUGGAGCUUUCCAUUAGCCGGCAUCGGCGACCCGUAUGAGAUGGGCAACUUUCCCAACCCAAGCUACUGA